AUGCUCUUCACCAAGUUCGCCCUCGCCUUCGCCGCCCUGGUGGCCGCCAAUCCCGGCGAGCCCGAGGAGCACCAGCACGUGGCCCGGGCCCCGUACCUGGGCAUCCUCUACAGCCAACCCAACUACCGCGGAGCCAGGCAGACCAUCAGCGACCGGGAAUCAGGCCGAUGCAUCAACCUCCACGGCUCUCUCCGCGAGGACGUCCAGUCGAUCAACAUUGACCGCCGCGAGCGCGACUCUUGCACUCUGUACGAUCGUCGUGGCUGCCAAGGCUCGUCUCGGAGGUACACUUCCGACAACCGCAACAUCGCCCGCCGCCGAGUCAGCUCCGUCCGCUGCCGCCGCGGCCACUAA